AUGCCUCCAUACGCCGGUCAUCGACGUCGAGGUGGCGACUUCAGGAUUCCCGGCCGCCACUUCCACCCGGCGCACGAAUCACUUCAUCGCCGCAUCCCAAACGACCAGCUCCUCGUCUACGAUGCCACCAGAGGCGUCCAGCAGAUCCAGCAGCAGGGCCCCCAUGGCGACGAGGUAGAUACCGACAGCCUCGUCCUGUCCAUUGGGGGUACCUGUCGAAACCCUGGGACCCGCGGGGUUCGAGCAGCCUGGGGCGUCUACUUUGGCCCCGAAUCGCCCUACAACGCGAGCGCCCUCUUGGAUGCUGCUCUUUCGCAGAUGCUGGCCAGGGCUGAGAUCGAAGCUCUGCGCCAGGCCUUGGGCACCAUCGAGGCCAAGAUCAUCUCCAGCGACUUCCAACCGCGGAGGUGUAUUAUCAAGACGAACUCGUCGUAUAUCCAACGGGUGUUCCCCAGCCUGGUCCGUCGCUUGCGCGUAGAUGGUGGGAGGAAUGUGUUUGGAGAGAAGGUGGUGUUUUACGAAUUGCUCAGGGAUAUCGAGGAGCGUUUCGAGGAUCUGGGCUAUGGGGAUGGGAUAGAAGGAGGCACGGAUGUCAUGUUCUGGUGUGUCGCACAGGAGGAGAAUCGAGAGGCUGACGGGCUCGCGGUUGAUGCCCUCGCUCAGCCUCGAAAUGGACAUGAGGAGAGGAGGUGA